AUGACUGCGCGCGAGGUCGUCGCCUGCGUUUCUUCGACCGACGGGAUCGCCGCUUGCAUUUGUGCGUCCGGUGUGGAUCCGCCAGAGCCCAAGGCUUCGCCACCAUUACCGCCGGGAAUAGGUAUCGUCUACUUCGAUCUAGCUGCGAAGAUGCUGACGGAGGAGACAGGCCUGACUAAUAUUGGGUCCAUACUGAUAGUGGUGAUGUGCGCUCCGUGGAUUUAG